AAGGUGAUGCUGAUUCAAGAAGGCUAUGAUUUGCAUUUUUGUUGGCUCUCUGUAUUACAAUGCUACUUGUAAGAACUGCACCAAUCUAGUUGUUGAAGCUGUCCUUCGUUUCAUAAUAUUAGUUAAAAUUACCAGUAAAUCAGGUGAAGUUCGUGAAAUACUGCUGUCACCCGUGGAUCCUAGCCACUAGGGGUAAAUUGAAGUUAUAGUCACACAUCCAAUAUGGAAUUACUUUCACUCAGUAUCUACUUUAGGAAACUCUCAAAUGAGAAAUUCCUAGAAUACUAAUAGAAGAUGAUCUGGUGCAUCUUAGAGCACGUACACUGAUGUUAGUUAUUGGAUCGCGUGGGCCUUCUAUGGCUCACGACGAUCGGACGAUGCUGACAUGAUUCAAUGUUUGCAUAUGCUAUGGCAACAUGCAAAUAUUGCUUCUGAUAGUAGGAAGAAAAACCUCUUGCUCACCUAAAAAAUGCUAUUCGACUGGAGAAGUACAAACAUGCGGGAGGUAUGAGAAUGUGUUGUUGAGGCGCGGAGAUGCGUGUCCUAGCUAAUCUCAUUCCAUGAAGUUCACAAGUACUUACCAGUUACCAAUGUCCCAUGAUAAGAGCAAGUGAGCACGAAGACAAACCCCAUUUUGCAUCAGUUGUUCCAUCCAUCAGGUGUCGAAGAGAAUUUGAAUGGCGACCUUCAGAGCCUUGUUUAUACUUCUUGUGGCACUCAACAAGCAUUCAUCGGCCGCUGCCCGAUCCAACUCACCAAGAAACCCGCACCUUCUUGCCGCAAUUGAAGAGAUGAAACAAGCCAAUUACUUCUCCUUCGUCAUGCUCAUAAACAUGUCCCCUCCCAUCCUGCUCGGAGGCAACCUCACCUUCUUUAUGCCCGACGACAGGAUGCUGUCGAGGAUCGUUCUUCCCACCAAUAAUGUCUCCGAUUUCGUGCUUCGUCAUUCCAUACCUAAGCCUUUGCUCUUCGACUACCUCGAACACAUACCAACCGGCUCUCUCAUUCCGACAUCAGUUCCAGGGUAUAUGGUCAGAAUCAACAACAAAGGACGCGGGAGCUUCUAUCUCGACAAUGUUAGAAUCACUAAACCGAAUGUGUGCGUGGCGGGGUCUUCAAUUAGGUGCCAUGGCAUUGACGGGGUGUUGAUGUCGGUGACGAACGUCACCGAAUCUCCAUCACCUUCCUGCCCUCGAAACGCUACUCCCGACACAGCAAUGCCAACGCCACCUCCACCUCCUCCUCCGCCAGUGAGUGAUGUAAUUCAGCCUCCGAGUUCAGCUUCGCCUGCAUCAGCCCCGGCAGCAAGUCCAUUCAAUCCCCCAGAGAAAUCGGCUUCUUCGCGCCGGCUUGGUGCCGAAGGACUGGUGACUUUUCUAUUGACUGGGGUUAUUGUCUCAGCCAUGAUGGAAUUCCUGAGGAAUACGUUGUAAUUCGAGAAUGCAAAUUAGUGACUCUUAGUAUUCCUGCCAUUCAGUCAAGGGAAGGCGUUGAUAGUUGUAUGUCAUCUCCAAAGCGCUCGCACUACAAUGAUUCUCGCUUCAGUCCUAAUAA